CCGGGCACUGGGCGCCUGCCUUGCCUGCCCUCCCGAUCCCUCUCACCCCCACCCCCCGCCGGCCGCUCCGAUAGUCAGGCUGCGAGCGCGGCGAACAUGGCGGCGGCUGAGCCAGUGGGGCGGGACACUCUACCUGAGCACUGGUCCUAUGGCGUCUGUGGGGAUGGCCGGGUCUUCUUCAUCGACGACCUGACCCGCUCAACUACUUGGCUGCAUCCUCGCACCGGGGAGCCCGUCAACUCAGGCCACAUGAUCCGCUCAGAUCUUCCCCGUGGCUGGGAGGAGGGAUUCUCAGAAGAGGGAGCCAGUUACUUCAUUGACCAUAACCAGCAGACUACAACAUUUAAGCAUCCUGUGACUGGCCAGUUUUCUCCUGACAACAUUGAAUUUAUUUUACAAGAGGAGCAUAAUUUGCAUAUGUCCAAGCAUCUGAUAAACCAAAGACCCUCAAGCAUGGUCAGUGAAACAUCUACUGCAGUAACUACAUCCACUAUAGAUACAAAGCCCAGCUCUAAGGUGGUAAAAUCUGGGAAUAAAAUUCAUAGUUUUGGGAAAAGGGAUCAUGCUAUAAGGAGGAACCCUAACAUACCUGUUGUGGUGAGAGGUUGGCUUCAUAAGCAGGAUAGCUCUGGAAUGAGGUUAUGGAAAAGACGGUGGUUUGUGCUUGCUGAUUAUUGUUUGUUUUACUACAAAGACAGCAGAGAAGAGUCUGUUCUUGGAAGUAUACCAUUGCCUAGCUAUGUAAUAUCAGCAGUUGGACCUGAAGAUCAUAUAAACCGCAAGUACUCCUUUAAGGCUGUCCAUACAGGCAUGAGGGCAUAUAUCUAUAAUAAAAGUUCUGUUAUUGGCUCUCAGGCAGAACAUUCAGGGAUGCGCACAUAUUACUUCAGUGCAGAUACUCAAGAAGAUAUGAAUGACUGGAUCCGGACUAUGAAUCAAGCUGCCCUUAUGCAAACCAGUUCAUCACCAAAGAGAGAAACAGAAAAAAUAGAUCAACAAGCCGUUCCUCAAACCAAUCAUGUGGAUACCUGCAAAGAAUGUGCUAAGUUAAGCCCCACUGAUGCAAAAGGAAGUUAUAGAAAAUCACCUGAAAGCUCUGGUUAUGAAAAGCAUGAAGAGAUGAGGAGAGCAAGAGAAGAUGACUGUUACACUGUCAGAAAGAACACUGUAGAAUCAAAGAGGAAGAGAUUGAAACAGCCAUUGAUGUCAGAGGGUGGCGCUCUAAAUCCUGAAAUAACAGUGUCUCGAUCCCAAGUUGCUCCACUUGUUGAGAAGAAUGGAUUGUUUUCCAGUUCAUUAAGUACAACCACUGGCCCAGUGGAGCAGAAUGGUACUGGUUUGUAUAAACGAGGAUUUGUUCCCAGACCAACUCAAGAUAAACAGAAACAAAGGAAGCACAACUUGGCUCAUAUAGAGCACUGGGUAAAAAUCCAAAAAGGAGACACAAAAAGUCUUGCAUCUGAUCAGAUUCGCCAAGUUCCCAGUCAUUCUGUCUCUUUUCCUGAAAAUUAUCACACCUUGCCAAAGAAUUCAAGGCAGCCUUCAGGAAAUUCACCUCCCCCAAAUCGCAAUUUGCCAAGUGAUUACAAGUAUGCCCAAGACCGAGUUAGCCAUCUGAAGAUGUCUCAUGAUGAGAGGAGAGCUAAUAAAGAUGGUACUGUAUGGCAGCUAUACGAAUGGCAACAGAGACAGCAAUUUAAGCAUGGCAGUCCAACUGCCCCUGUUUAUGUAGGUUCUCCAGAUUUUACAGACCAUGGAAAAGGAAGAAGUUCACUAGAUGUUCCACGUUCUGUUUCUGUUCCUCCAUCUCCUUCUGAUAUACCGCCACCGGGACCCCCUAAAAUUUUUCUUCCCAGAAGGCCACACACUCCUGCAGAAAGGGUUACUGUCAAGCCAUCUGAUGAGAGACAAAUGAUAGAUGUUCCUUUUGCAGAAUCACCAAGGAAGAUUCGAAAUCAUACUAUAAAGAAUUCAGCUCACAUAGACAGACGAUCCAUGCCUGCAAUGGGAUAUAUGACCCAUACUGUAAGUGCUCCGAGUUUGCAUGGGAAAUCGGUUGAUGAUACCUACAUCCAGCUGAAGAAAGACCUAGAAUAUCUGGACCUAAAGGUAACUGGGCGUGAUACAAUAAAAGAACGAAAUAUAAAGCCUAUCAAGAUUGCAGAAAGUGAUAUUGAUGUGAAGCUAAGUGUUCUCUGUGAACAAGACAGAAUCCUGCAAGACUUUGAAGACAAAAUAAGAGCUCUUAAGGAAAAUAAAGAUCAGUUAGAAUCUAUCUUAGAAGUAUUGCACAGGCAGAUGGAACAAUACAAAGAACAACCACAACACAGAGAAAAAAUUUCGUACCAGCAAAGACUUUUGCAGGAAGAUCUUAUACAUAUUCGGGCUGAAAUAUCCAAAGUAUCUACAGAAAUGGAAAAUGCCUGGAAUGAAUAUCUGAAACUGGAAAAGGAUGUAAAUCAGCUGAAGCAAGCCUUACAGGAGCAGAUGAACAGAUCAUUUUUCUCUCAGGAGAAAACACAAAUGCAAAAAGAUUUAUGGAGAAUUGAAGAUGUUACAGCUGGCCUAAGUGCAAAUAAAUCCAACUAUAAAGUCAUCAUAGAGUCUAUAAAGAAUCCAGAGAGAAAAACAGUGCCUUCAUUUUCUAAGCCUUCAGUGCCUUCAUUAUCAUCUACUCUCAAGUCAGCAAACAAUGAACUUCCUUCUCAGCGAAGCCCACCAUCUAGUCCUGUCAAAUCCUCUUUGGAAGUUAGACUCUUUCCUCAGCCUUACACACAGCACAGAAUGUUUUCUUCCUCCCAGCAACUGAAAAAAGUUGAGCCUUCGGUCCAGUCCCCUGAAAAAUUGAAGCCAAAGGUUGAAGAUGAAGCACCCCCACGACCGCCUCUCCCACAGUUGUAUAGUCCUGAUGACCACCCUCCAGCCAUCCCCCCUCUUCCCAGGGAAGCCACUGUAAUCAGGCAUACAUCUGUGCGGGGGCUGAAACGCCAGUCAGAUGAAAGAAAACGAGACCGAGAACUAGGACAGUAUGCGAAUGGAGAUUAUAGGGUAGAACUCCGCUCAUAUGUCAGUGAACCUGAACUGGCUACAAUAAGCAGUGAUCUGAACCAACCUUCCACUGGUUUUCUAGGUACUGACAGCAGAUACCAAACAUUACCUAUCAGAGGAUUAUCUGGCUCAACUUCCAGACUGCAUCAAUCAUCAACAAGUUCGUCAUAUGCAACACUUCGAAGAGAUGGUUCCAAGGAGAGACCAAAGAGUGCCUUGGAACGGUUAUACUCUGGAGACUACCAAAGAGGCAAAAUGAGUGCUGAGGAACAACUAGAAAGAAUGAAGCGACACCAAAAGGCAUUAGUUCGUGAACGCAAGAGAACUCUUAGUCAAGGAGAAAGACAAUCUGUCUCAUCGCGUCCAUUCAUCCGGCCUGUUUCUGCAGACAUAGGCUCAUGGAAGCGGGAACAAGAAUUUGACUUACAGCUGCUGGAAAGGGCAGUACACCCAGGAGAAAAAGAGGAAAAUAACUGGUUAAAAGUUGAUUCUGUGUCAGCGACAGAAGCAGACCUAGAACCUCAACAUUACAACUUAGAUAUUAGCAAAGAGUUAUCAAAACCAGAAAAGGUUGCAAUUCCAGAGCGUUACAUUGAGCUGGAACCCGAAGAACCUCUCACUCCAGAAGAAUUAGCAGCAAGGCACUGGAAGGCACAGAAAAUAAAGAAUAUUCUUACUAAAUCAAGUAUAUACAACCUACAGCUUCCAGUUGCUCAGGACAAACACAACUCAGCUAAUUUAGAUUCACAGUUGCAAGAACAGGAACGCAUCAUUACCAUAUCAUACGCACUGGCUUCUGAAGCCUCUCAGCGGAGCAAGGAGGUGGCAGCGAAAGCAGUAACUGAUCGCUGAUAUCUGGUAUAAAACAACAACAGUCUGAAAGAGGACAAGGAAGAUGACAAAGACUUCCCUUCAUUAGCUUCCUUUCUUGCUUACUCUUUCUUUGAGCAUAUUGUGCAAAUAACUGUAAAGAGGGAUUUUCUACACACACACAUACAUAAGAACAAUUUAGAUUCUUUUAAAAAAUGUUUUACAUAAAAAACACUUUUAAUAUACUAUGUAAACUACUAACAUUGGCCACAACACAUAUAGCCAAGCUCAUUCAAGUCCUGUUAAUUUCGAUAGGUCAUUAGGAUAUAUAUGCUGGAUUGUUGCCAGUGUAUUUUUUAGAAACAGAAUAGAUAUUAACUCUUUUUUAAAAAAAACCCAAGGGCUGCAUUUCUUUUUAAAAGUAUCCUUAAGUUCAGAUGCAUGUUGUAAAUAUUGUUUUUUAUUUUGUUUUUAAAAAAGCAAUUUUUUGGAAGCACAUAGUGGCAUUUAGAUAAGAAUAACUUGAGUCUUUUUCUAGUUUUUCAGAGUUGAUGAUGUCUUUGUGACACUGAUUAACAAUCAGAUGGAAUUUUAUUCAAAUAUUAAAAUGUUAAUGCUUCUGGAAUCACAUGUAAACACCAAAAAACAGAAAUAAAAUUUGCAAAGGGUUAAUGAGUCAGUUGUUCUGCUAUAACUCUGACCCAGGCCAGUACAACACAUUACAAUUGCUCAUUUUUAGAAAUGCAUUUUUUAAAAGAUAUCCAGGCAAUGGAAUAUUUAGUGGGCAAUUCAGCCCCACUGCAGGAAUGGUACCCAUGCAUAGAGGACUCCCACGGGGAUUAAUAGUUCCAGUUUCUCUUUCCCUCGUCUUCAGGACAUGGGCAUUUCAUUUGCAAAGAACACAGCAGCCCAUUGCAGGCUCUGAACUUCAGUAACUUGCCUUGUAUAAAGGAUAGCUGUAGGUGCACACAGACUUCUUAUUCUUUGUAAUGGCCUAUUGUGCUACUUGUGUUUCUGUAUGCUUACCCAAGAAGACGAAGGAGGUUUGUAUUGAUUCCUGUGAGAAUCCUAGCUUGUGGUUGCUGUGCCUAGACUUGAUCAUCACCUUUUAACUGAGCAAUAAAACCAUUAAUAGAAUAUGGUAUUUUAUUAAUAAAUAUCUGUACUGUUUUUCCUCAGUAUUUUCAGAAACAAAAAGUAAUACAUUUAUGUAUUUUUGUGUUAAUUCGUCUUGGGUCCUGCAGUUUGGCUGAAACAAUGUAUUUUCUUGAGUCCUCAGCAAAAGGCUGACCAGUAACAAGAUAAGAAAAAAGAGCUAAAUUAAUUGCUGAUGUUUCUUUAUUUGAAAUAGUGUAUGUGUGCUUGAAUUGUGUAGGUUGCAACUCUCCUGAUAAGUUCUUUGUAUUGGGUUGAGUUCAGCAAAAGUGAAUUCUAAAUUCUUUGCCUUGUGAAAUUGUACUCACUUUUUUGCAGCAUUUGGCUGUCAUGUAUUCCUUUUAACAAAGGGGGAAAGGGUUUUAAAAACUCAGCCCAAAAUGGAGAAUAAACUAGGAGGGUCACGCUAACAUAUAAAAGUGUUUUAAAAAUUUCAAUUAUUUAUUAUAAGUUGUGCACACAAACACCAUUACAACACCUCACAACUACACAUUAUACAAGGUAAUAAUAGUGUUAAAUUUGGGUUGUUAAAUUCUGACAACUGUCAGUAAUGUACAUAUAAUAAUUCUGGUUUUAUUCUUCCUUUUUAAGCUAUUUUAACACCAACACCUGGUUUUUAAUUCAUUUCUAAUUUAAUUUUAAUUAUUAUUGCAAUAAUUAAUUCCUGGAUGUGUGUGGUUUUACAUAGGAUUUUAAUGACCACGGAGGAAGGCCGAUACGGGCCGAAACGCGUCUGGUCAGUUUAUUUUUAGAUACUAUAUUCAUGAUACUGUAUUCAUGAUAUAGUAUUUAUUUUGAUGUAUGUAAAUGGUCAUUGGAUUCUCCAUCAAUUUGUAUGGAAUUUUUAACCUUGCAUAUAUUUAUUAGGAGUUCUGAUAUUUAAACUUUUAUCCCUUUAGAUUUUUAAUGGUGUUUGUGUGCACAACUUAUAAUGUAUUCCUUUUAUACAGAACAUAUAUAAUAAUUCAUUAUAAAAUACAAUAUAAAAUACAUUUGAACUGGUGGGAGAAUUUAUACUGUGGUAGCCUUAAAAUGUCUGUAUGUUACACUUACCACAAGAAGGCCAUGGUGAAUGGCCCCAUCAUUGCAGGUCAGGAGGAUGGGAAAGGGGACAAAAUAUCUUUUCAGUAUGUGGAGCUCAGUGAAAGAAGAGUAAUGAAGUAAUAUUAACUACCUUUCCCCUCCUUGCUGCAGCCUAUCAACCUGUAGUCCAAUUGGGUGCCACAGUCCUGGAAACAAACUUUCCCAGGAUUACAAAGGACUGCUGGAGGAAGGGAAAAGUGAGUAAUAGCUGUUGUCCCUGCACUGGAUCCAACCCAAUAAGCUGAUCAAAGUCUGCAAGUGUUGAAUGUUCACUAUGUAGAGUUGGCUUUCCUGUGGAAAACAUAACAUGUAAACUGGCAGGUAGUUUCAGGAUCAUCUCUUUCUGUUUUGUUAGAAAUGUUUGCGUUUUUAGUGGGAAACUGAGAACUUUGCUUUCUUAUAGAAGAGACUGGGGAAGGCCCUAUAUUCAUUAGAUUUCAUAUGCCCCUUAUCAGCAGGUUCUUCCAGUACAGUGAAGCAAUUAAGGACUAAAUGUGUGAAAAAUUUCAGAAUUUUAGUGUCAUGUUGGCUUCCCAAAAUAACUGAUAUAGAAUAACAGGAUGCUGGUCAAAAUACAAAGAACUGGACAACUUGCAUUUCUGUACCUGUGCUUUUGAAUUUUUUCUUUAUCCUGUAUGGCAAACCACUGUUGAUUUUUGUAGUGGUGCUUUAUUUGGGGGAGAUUUGGACUGGUUUGUUAUAUCAUAGAUUUUUAAAGAAGCACAAUUUCACUUUGCAGUUUUGUAUAUACAAGCUUGUAUACUUGUAGCAUAAUUCAGACGUAGCAUAAUUCAGACAUUGCAGUAUAUGUAUUUUUCCCCUGCACAAAGAUGUAAGAACAAGUUACAUCUUUAGUGGCUCUAACCUUUUUCUCGUUCUCACCUUUGUUACUUUUUAAGUGCUAACAAAUAAACUUGAAUACAGGCUGGAUUCCCCAUCCCGUUUGUUGGGGCUUAUUUAGGUAUAGCUACCUGAGCAGUCACAUUUCAGUUUAAAAGAAGUUUCACACACUUACACAAGCUCAUUUUAUAUUUUCCUUUCCAACCCUAAUAGUGCAUUCCUAUGCAGAAUUACACCAGGUUAAGCCCAUGAGUGGUUCUGUACAGGUUUGCACUGUUAGGUAACUAAAGGUAAUGUCUGUUUAUCAAAAAGAAAUUUGCAAGUGUUUAAAAUUAUUAAAUAAAAAUUCUUAUUCUGAUUGUAUUCGAAAGCUAUUCUUGAGAAAUAUAUUUUGAAAAUGCAGUUUAUUUUUAACUAACUCAAUGCUGCCAGUGUCAAGUCUAAUAUUUUGCCAAAAUCAAAUGCUUUUAUUUUUUGCCUUUAUAAAAAUGUUGGAAUAAAUAUUUGCAAGAAGACAUUAAUUUAAAUAAAAUGUAACAGUUUGGA